GCCGCCGCCGCCGGGAGCACCGGGACCGCCGAGGCCGCCGCGACCGUCGCCGCCGAGCGCCCCGAGCGGCGUGGGCGUGGGAGGAAGCGCGGCCGCGCCCGCCGGGCCCCGUCGUCUGCGCCGCCCGCGGAGGGCGCCGGCCGAGUAUGACAGAUACCCAGCACCUCGCAGAACGAUGGCAGCCGCUUACCUCGACCCGAACCUGAACCACACACCCAGCUCCGGCACCAAGGCCCCGCUGAGCACAGGCGCGGAACGCUCCCCUGGGGCCAUGGAGCGGCUCUUGAAGGUCUUCCAUUAUUUCGAGAGCAAUAGUGAGCCGACCACGUGGGCCAGUAUUAUCAGGCAUGGAGACGCCACAGAUGUCAGGGGCAUCAUCCAGAAGAUAGUGGAUAGUCACAAGGUCAAGCACGUGGCCUGCUACGGAUUCCGCCUGAGUCACCUGCACUCGGAGGAGGUUCACUGGCUGCAUCUGGAUAUGGGCGUCUCCAGCGUGCGGGAGAAGUACGAGCUGGCACACCCGCCUGAGGAGUGGAAGUAUGAAUUGAGAAUUCGUUAUUUGCCAAAAGGAUUUCUAAACCAGUUUACUGAAGACAAGCCAACUCUGAAUUUCUUCUAUCAACAGGUGAAGAGCGACUACAUGUCAGAGGUUGCCGACCAAGUGGACCAGGAAAUCGCCCUGAAGCUGGGUUGCCUCGAGAUUCGGCGAUCCUACUGGGAGAUGCGGGGCAACGCGCUGGAGAAGAAGUCCAACUACGAGGUGUUAGAGAAAGAUGUUGGGUUGAAGCGGUUUUUCCCUCGGAGCUUACUGGAUUCUGUCAAGGCCAAAACACUAAGGAAGCUCAUCCAGCAGACGUUUCGACAGUUUGCCAACCUGAACCGGGAAGAAAGUAUCCUCAAGUUCUUUGAGAUCCUCUCCCCGGUGUACAGAUUCGACAAGGAAUGCUUCAAGUGUGCCCUGGGGUCAAGCUGGAUUAUUUCGGUGGAACUGGCCAUUGGUCCUGAAGAAGGCAUCAGUUACCUCACGGACAAGGGCUGCAACCCCACGCACCUGGCUGACUUCAACCAAGUGCAGACCAUUCAGUAUUCGCACAGCGAGGACAAGGACCGCAAAGGGACGCUGCAGCUGAAGAUAGCAGGCGCCCCUGAGCCCCUCACAGUGACUGCACCGUCCCUCACCAUCGCAGAGAACAUGGCCGACCUGAUCGACGGCUACUGCCGGCUGGUGAGCGGGGCCUCGCAGUCUUUCAUCGUCCGGCCUCAGAAAGAAGGUGAACGGGCUUUGCCAUCCAUACCAAAGUUGGCCAACAGCGAGAAGCAGGGUGUGCGGCCACACGCCGUCUCCGUGUCAGGAAUCACUCACUGCCAGCACAGAGCUAAGAGGGCUAGGCGCUUCUUCCCCCUGGUCUUCUGCUCCCACGAGCCUCCUUCCGCCGAUGAAAUUAGUGGGGACGAAACGGACGAUUAUGCCGAGAUCAUAGACGAAGAGGAGACGUACACCAUGCCCUCAAAAAGCUAUGGAAUAGAUGAAGCCAGGGAUUAUGAGAUUCAGAGAGAAAGAAUAGAACUUGGACGGUGUAUUGGAGAAGGCCAGUUUGGAGAUGUCCACCAAGGCGUUUACAUGAGUCCAGAGAACCCAGCACUGGCUGUCGCUAUAAAGACAUGUAAAAACUGUACUUCGGACAGCGUCAGAGAGAAGUUCCUGCAGGAAGCCUUGACCAUGCGGCAGUUCGACCACCCUCACAUUGUGAAGCUGAUUGGCGUUAUCACUGAGAACCCCGUGUGGAUCAUCAUGGAGCUGUGCACGCUUGGAGAGCUGAGGUCAUUCCUGCAAGUGAGGAAGCACAGCCUGGCCCUGGCCUCUCUGAUCCUGUAUGCCUACCAGCUGAGCACAGCUCUCGCCUACCUGGAGAGCAAGAGAUUCGUGCACAGGGACAUUGCUGCUCGGAAUGUUCUGGUGUCCUCCAAUGACUGUGUGAAAUUAGGAGACUUUGGCUUGUCCCGCUACAUGGAAGACAGCACGUACUACAAAGCUUCCAAGGGGAAACUGCCUAUUAAAUGGAUGGCUCCCGAGUCCAUCAACUUCCGGCGCUUCACCUCGGCCAGUGACGUGUGGAUGUUUGGUGUGUGUAUGUGGGAGAUUCUCAUGCAUGGUGUGAAGCCUUUUCAAGGAGUGAAGAACAAUGAUGUGAUCGGGCGGAUUGAGAAUGGGGAAAGAUUACCAAUGCCUCCAAAUUGCCCUCCCACCCUCUACAGCCUUAUGACGAAGUGCUGGGCCUAUGACCCCAGCAGGCGGCCCCGGUUCACUGAGCUCAAAGCUCAGCUCAGUGCCAUCCUGGAGGAGGAGAAGGUGCAGCAGGAGGAGCGGCUGAGGAUGGAGUCCCGGCGGCAAGUGACGGUGUCCUGGGACUCAGCAGGCCCCGAUGAAGCACCACCCAAGCCCAGCAGACCUGGCUACCCCAGUCCCCGGUCCAGCGAGGGCUUUUACCCCAGCCCGCAGCACAUGGUCCAGGCCAAUCACUACCAGGUCUCUGCCUACCCCGGCCCCCACGGGGUCACAGCCACAGCGGGCAGCAUCUACCCAGGCCAGGCCUCACUCCUGGACCAGACAGACACCUGGAAUCACAGAGCUCAGGAGGUUUCCAUGUGGCGGCCCACCGUGGAGGACUCUGCCGCCCUGGACCUGCGUGGGAUCGGGCAGGUGCUGCCCGCACACCUCAUGGAGGAGCGGCUGAUCCGGCAGCAGCAGGAGAUGGAGGAGGACCAGCGCUGGCUGGAGAAGGAGGAGCGCUCCCUGCAGAAACCGGAUGUGAGGCUCUCGAGAGGCAGCAUGGACAGGGAGGACGGCGGUCUGCAGGGCUCGACCGGGAACCAGCACAUCUACCAGCCUGUCGGGAAGCCAGAUCCUGCAGCUCCACCAAAGAAACCGCCGCGCCCUGGUGCCCCUGGCCACCUGGGCAGCCUCGCCAGCCUCAGCAGCCCUGGGGACAGCUACAACGAAGGCAUCAAGUUGCAGCCCCAGGAGAUCAGCCCACCUCCCACUGCCAACCUGGACCGGUCCAGCGACAAGGUGUAUGAGAACGUGACCGGGCUGGUGAAAGCGGUCAUCGAGAUGUCCAGCAGGAUCCAGCCCGCGCCGCCUGAGGAGUAUGUGCCCAUGGUGAAGGAGGUGGGCCUGGCCCUGCGGACGCUGUUGGCAACAGUGGAUGAGACCAUCCCUGCACUGCCCGCCAGCACUCACCGAGAGAUUGAGAUGGCCCAGAAACUGCUGAACUCGGACCUGGGCGAGCUCAUCAACAAGAUGAAACUGGCCCAGCAGUAUGUCCUGACCAGCCUCCAGCAGGAGUACAAGAAGCAGAUGCUGACCGCGGCCCAUGCCUUGGCCGUGGACGCCAAGAACUUGCUCGAUGUCAUUGACCAGGCGAGACUGAAGAUGCUUGGACAGUCGCGGCCACGCUGAGCUGCCCCGCGCCUGCAAGCGCCCGCCUAGCCCGUCCUACCAGCACAACCUCGGCCACCGUGGCGGGCCAACGUCUCCUCGCUCACCACUUGGACCCCUGUUGAUUGGCCCUGGGGUCUUGGUGUUGGAGACGGCCCGAGCGAUAUUUCUGAGACAGAGACCAUGGGGGAAGCGUCUGGAAGGGCUCGGUGCACGUGACCCUCCUGGGGACACGCGUCACGGCAGUGCCGGCGCCGCCUUCACCCUGCACAGCUCGCCAGGUGCCGGGGGGGAGGUGAAGUGGAGUGUCCGGGACACAUGAGGCUCAGCGCUGUCCAGACUGGGGGGUGCUGCUGGGACCCCCGUGGCAGAGGGGAACCGAGAAGCCUAGAACCGGCCGUGGGCAGCGCACUCCACGAACUUGGUCUUUCUCACCAGAACCUCGUGCCAGUUUUUUGUAGCGAUGUUGUUUCUCUUGGAAGCAGACAUGCUUUGUACCAGAGCACCUCCACACUGCACUGAGAACUUCCGGAACCUCCCGUCCCCUUUUUUUACAUAAUUUAUAAAACCAGAUGAAAGCCAUGUCGACUCCGAGCACGGGGCGGGCGUGGCUCACGUGGCCUGUCCCACGAGUGCCGAGAGUCGAGUUUCCUUUUGAUGUCCCGUUACACCAUUCAUUCUGUUAAAUAAUUUUGAAGAAUAUGCCCUCCCUUUAGUUUGUUGGGGGAUAUAAAUUAUUCUCAGGAAGAAUAUAAUGAACUGUACAGUUACUUUGACCUAUUAAAAAGGUGUUACGGUAAAGGUCUCGGUGUGCUGGC